AUGCACCCACUUUGGGCGGCGAUACUCGCUAUUUCUCUGCUUUCAACGCUGACUUCUUCGACAUGUUCAACUCGUUAUGUGAUCUCAUCGCUUCCGCUCAUUUUCACCGCAGUCUUCUACUUGUUCAGGAAUAGCAAAUGCCCGCCGGCACAGUCAAUGUCAUUCUUCACUGGGAUCAUCAUCGGUGGUCAUCGGGGCUCCCCUUGGAAAGAAGCCGAGAACAGCAUUGAGUCAUUUGAUAGUUGCAAACGAGAUGGAUGCCAAUUGGUAGAGUUUGACAUCGAAAUCACAAAAGACUCGAUUCUCAUCAUUAUGCACGAUGAAACCACUCACAGAACCACCGACAAGCAAUGGAGCAUUCGUGAGAAGACGCUGAACGAGAUUAAGGAUCUUAAAUUGAAAUUCGUGCCACCGUAUGGCGGAUCAGUUCGUGUUGGUGGUCGUGUGCCGACACUCUCGGAGACGGUUGAUUGGUGUAAGAAAAAUUCGAUCAAGAUGCUCUUUGAUGUGAAACAUUUUAAUGGGGCGGUAAUGAAGACGAUCGCGAUGCUUUUCAAGCGUCUUCGCCUUUACGAGACGGCUAUCGUUAGCAGCUUUAACCCGCUAGUGCCUUACUUCAUCAAGCGGCGUGAUCCGAGAAUUCUCACAGGUUACACAUGGCGUCGCUUUUGCUUCUCGACCCAAGCAGAGUUCGACUUCAGUCCGAAGCGCAGUUUCCUUUGGAAUGGCUUAAUGGAGAUUGCUGAUGAGCUUAAUAAUCAAAUGACCGCUCACUUCUUUCUGCCGAUUUUCCUUGGUGUCGACAUGCUGCUCGUCAAUCAUCACGAUUUGUCUCACAUGCUCGUCAGUCACGCUCGUUAUCAUGGACUUCAGGUGGUUGCUUGGACAACCAACGAUUCGAUUGAGGCUCUCUGGAUUCAGCAUUACCUUAAGAUCCCCUUCCUCACCGACUCCGCCGACACCGUUCGCACAAUACCCAAGCAGAUCUCGGAAGCAUCGAUCUCGUCGGGUCACAAGCCUCUUCUACCGGUGCAAUCGAUGAGUGAUACGUCGGUGAUUGAUUACUCAGCUUUGAUUGAAAGUUGCUUUCCCCGAACUCUUGUCUACAAUCUAUUCACAAAUUCA